CCACCACCAGGGGGCAGUGUGUCAAAUCAAGAAUACCCCCGGAUGUUACAGCGUUGUACUUCCGGUUUGGCGGUAAAGCGUGUGCUGCUCUGCUGUGCGAAGUACAAACGUUUUGUGACGAACAAACAUCACAUUUAUUCAUUCCCAGACAGCAUUUAGUAGAACAGAAAUGAGUUUACCCCUGAACCCAAAACCAUUCCUGAACGGUCUGACAGGAAAGCCAGUGAUGGUAAAACUGAAGUGGGGAAUGGAGUAUAAAGGCUACCUGGUGUCUGUGGAUGGCUACAUGAAUAUGCAGCUGGCAAACACAGAAGAGUUUGUGGAUGGAGCAUUGGCAGGUCACCUGGGUGAAGUGCUUAUCAGGUGCAAUAAUGUUUUGUACAUCCGAGGUGUAGAAGAGGAAGAGGAAGAUGGAGAAAUGAGGGAGUGAUGAAGAGGACCCGGCCCUGUUGUGUGAUUGUAUCUCGUAGUUGAGUUGAUGUGUGUUUGUGUUUUCACCAUGUGAAACAAAUGAACGCCUGUGGUUUAGGUUUUUUUCAAGCAGUUUCAAAUUUUGCUUUUUUUGUUUUACUUUGUAAUACAGACACAAUAAAAUGAUUAUUGUACCCUUUCUUAAA